GACGAGCGGGCGUUGCGUGAUCCUCCACUACAGCGCGUCAACUCCUUGUUCGUGCCGUGGGGAGACUCGAGGCAGACCCUUCUGUCAUUAACAACCAGCUACUCUCCGAUUUUAGUCAGGUGAUAACCCGGUAACGAGGUUUUUUAACAGCACGUUAUUUCCCGGGUUUUGCUUUCAGUCGUCUUCAUCCCAUCUACCUAGUACCAACCAUGGCAGCGAGUGCCAAAAGAAAGCAGGAGGAGAAACACCUGAAGAUGCUGAGAGAAAUGACGAGUUUGUCCCCUAACAGAAAGUGCUUUGACUGUGAUCAGCGCGGCCCUACCUAUGCCAACAUGACAGUAGGAUCUUUCGUUUGCACCUCCUGCUCUGGCAUCUUGCGAGGGCUUAACCCACCUCACAGAGUGAAGUCUAUCUCCAUGACAACCUUCACGCAACAGGAAAUUGAGUUACUACAGAAAAAUGGCAAUGAGGUCUGCAAACAGAUGUGGCUCGGCCUAUACGACAACAGAACCUCCUCGAUUCCUGACUUCAGAGAACCUCAGAAGGUCAAGGAGUUCCUUCAAGAGAAAUACGAGAAGAAAAGAUGGUACGUUCCUCCAGACCAGGCCAAGGUGGUGGCCUCGGUCCAUGCCUCCAUCUCAGGCUCGUCCAACAGCAGCACCAGCAGCACUCCUGAAGUUCGGCCCCUCAAGACCUUGUUGGGCGAGGGCGUCCCUACCCUGCAUCUUAACAAGCACACACCGACUCAGUCUCCAGUGGUGAGCCGCAGCCAGGCCCACCAGCAGUUCCAGGACAAGAAGUUUGACCUCCUGAGCGACCUGGGUGGAGACAUCUUUGCUGCCCCUCCCUCCAAAGCUCCAGGCCCAGCGAACUUUGCCAACUUUGCACAUUUCAACAGCCACCCAGCCAGUCACAGCACAGCUGCAAAUGCAGACUUUGCAAACGCAGACUUUGCGAACUUUGAUGUGUUCAGAAGCGCCGGUCCGUCCGGUGCUUUCCCCCCUGCACCUCCAGCCCCGUUCCAGCCCUCGCAAACAGCGUUCACCUCACUGUCAUCCAGCCGCAGUGUGGGGGAGUUUGGCACCUCUCUGCCAUACUGGGGCCCUCACAGGAACAGCCUGCCUAGCAGGGGGAGCCUGGGGCCCGGCCAGGCAGGAUUGAGCCACCCUCAGAGCCAGCCUGCGGGGCUGGGAGGAGACCGCUACGCUCCCCUGGCAGAGCUGGACACCGUCUUCAGCCCGCCCGCCCCCCCAGCCAGCGUGUACAACACCAGCUCACAAGGGGGGAUGUAUCCCAGCGGACCAGCAGCCUCCGCCAGCCAGGCACAACAGGGCUGCCUACCCAGCAUGCCCCAGGGUUUCGGAGGUCCUUCAACCAACCCUUUUGUUGCUGCUGCUGUUGUCCCGGGAGCAGCCCACACCAACCCCUUCCAGAGCAAUGGGCGGGCAGCGGCGGUGGCGGCAGCAGCCACAUUUGGCUCUGGCUCCCUGAGCAUGCCCUCAGGACUGGGGAACGCUGCCGCCUUCAACCUCCCCACCAGCUUCAGUGGGAACUUCCAGCCGCCGUACCCUGGCCAGGCCCCCUUCCCCCAGGCCCAGGCCUACCCCCAGCAGCCCAACGGCGGAGGGUUCUCAGGCUACGGCCCGGCCAAGCCCAUGGUGACACCUUUCGGGCAGGUCAUGGCAGCACCCGGGGUCUCUAGCAACCCCUUCCUGGCCGGAGCGCCGUCGGCCCAGUACCCUGCCGGAGGCUCUUCCACCAAUCCUUUCUUGUAGCGCUUCCUCCCUGGACGGCCACGAGCACACAGCACACUCACCCCUCCUACACUGUUUUGUUUCACCAGUAGCUUUAAAAACACAAUCUUUCCAAGAACAUUUUUUUAUGAGAAGGAAGAACAAGACCAACAACAGGAAGGAACAACACGUGAUUCGGUUACGUGGAAGCAGAACCGCAGACGGUAUGGUGAAGGUAAAUGUGCUACACUGGACGUGGUGGUCUCCUCUUCCUCCACUCAACCUGUGAACUGAGCCCAGCUAUAUUCAAACUGGCUAAUACUAAGUUAUUGCAAAUGUCCCGUUCAUUAUGCUGCAAUCCUGUACAUACGUUUUUCUUCAAAGAAACUGGCUUUUUGUGCAUAUCAGUAUUUGUAUCUUUAACAUGUUUGUUAAGGCAGAAGUGUUACUUUGAAAGCUGCAGUCUGCUGUGAGUUGCUGGAAAGAACCAAAAGCAGUGUUGCAUUGUUAGGAGUGUCUCUACUGAGGAGGAGAGAACAUUUAUUCAUGAGGAGUAUUUCUGUAAGAAAAGCUGCCCCCCAAAUCUCAGCUGUCAUGGGCAAGAACCACAAACUCCAGACUGAAGACCACUACUUGGAUGUUACAGAAAUUUAAGUUAAUGUGUAAAUAUAUAUAUAUUAAAAUGAAUUUUACCAAAACAA